AUGACGACCCCCACCGCGCCCAUCACCGCCACCCUCAACCCCCCGACCAACCCCUCCCCGGCCUUAAUCGCCCAACACCUCCGCGCCAACCUCCUCUCAGUGUUUAAUGAGCGCGACCCCGCCGCACGCCGGCUCGCCAUCAACACGACGUACGCGCCCAACGUGGUGUGGCAUGAGCCUGGCGCCACGUAUGUGGGCCACGAGGCCAUCUUCACGCGCGCGGGCGAGCUGCUCGCGCAGAACCCGGGCUGGAGCUACGUUCCUGUUGGGCAGCCGUCGUCUGUCGCCAAUGCCGGCGUGCUGCGCUUUGCCUUUGGCCCGGCUGGACAGGAGCCCGUCGUGCAUGGGACCGAUGUUGUGAUUGUUCAGGACGGGCUCGUGGUCGCCCUUUGGACUGCUAUUGAGGGGCCGGAGGGGCAGCAGGCUUAG